GAAGAAAAGGCACGAGGAGGAUGAUAAUGAGUGUAAUGUGAAGAGGAAAGACUUGAAAAAUAUAAAGUACGGAGAGUUGACUGACUUUGUCCUAAAUGUAGUCAGUAAAUUGGAAAAGAAUGAAGAGCAAGUAGGGAAAAUUGUACGAUUGGCUAUAGCUAAAGAUGAGAUAUUGAUUAAUAUUUGGAAAAGUUUAAUGACUCAAAAAGAUGAAGAUGCGAAAAUUAAAAAAUUCGUGAUUCUAGCAAAUUUCCAAUUUGACAUG